UAAUUCAUUUCCUUACUGGGCUACAAGCUGUGGACCAGUUUCUCCAUCCUCAUUUUCACCACCAUCACCACCGCUGUCUGUGUGCAGGGAAGCCGUAGUCUCUCACCACUUUUGCCCGGCAGUGAGCAGUGGCUUCCCCGCCUCCGCAGCGUCGCAACAACCGCUGCUGGUUGAGAGAAUGUCUGUCGGAGGAGUAAACAUGUCUAUAGGAAGGAAAACCGUGUUAAGUGAAAACACUCUUUUUGGGAUGGGUAAUCCCUUACUUGACAUUUCAGCUGUUGUGGACAAAGAUUUCCUUGACAAGUUUGGACUGAAGCCUAAUGACCAAAUCCUGGCUGAAGACAAACACAAAGCCUUGUUUGAAGAAAUUGUGAAGAGGAAGAAUGUUGAAUACCAUGCCGGUGGUUCGACCCAGAACUCAGUGAAAAUUGCUCAGUGGAUGAUCCAGAAACCCCACAAGGUCGCCACCUUCUUCGGAUGCAUCGGUACGGACCGCUUUGGGGAGAUCCUGAAGAAGAAGGCUGAAGAGGCCCAUGUCGAUGCCCAUUACUAUGAGCAAAACGAGGAGCCGACUGGUACCUGUGCAGCAUGUAUCACUGGUGACAAUAGGUCCCUUGUUGCUAACCUGGCAGCGGCAAACUGCUACAAAAAGGAAAAACACCUGGACUUGGACGGCAACUGGGAGCUGGUGAAGAAAGCCAAGGUCUAUUACAUUGCAGGGUUUUUCCUGACCGUGUCCCCUGAGUCCAUCCUCAAAGUGGCGAAGCACGCUUCAGACAACAACAAGAUCUUCUGCCUCAACCUCUCGGCACCUUUCAUCAGCCAGUUCUUCAAAAAGCACUUGAUGAAUGUCAUGCCUUAUGUGGACAUCCUGUUUGGCAAUGAGACGGAGGCGGCCACAUUUGCCAAAGAGCUGGGCUUUGAGACAGAUGACAUUGCGGAGAUUGCAAAGAAGACCCAAAACCUCCCCAAAGAGAACACCAAGAGGCAGCGAGUGGUGGUCUUCACUCAGGGCAAGGACGACACUGUUGCAACUGUCGGUGAGAAGGUGACCAUGUUCCCUGUUGUGGACAUCGACCAGAGCGCUAUUGUGGACACUAACGGAGCAGGAGACUCCUUCGUGGGAGGAUUCCUCUCUGCGUUGGUCCAAGAGCAGGUUUUGGAGGAGUGUAUCCGGGCCGGUCACUACUCCGCCAACGUCAUCAUCCAACGUGUUGGGUGCACUUUCCCAGAGAAGCCAGACUUUCACUGAUGUAGCCAAGCUUUACUCUUUCGUCUUUUCCAUAAAAUGUUUUGGAUAUGUAUGCUUCCUGUGGAUUCUAUGUCAUUUUUUUUUUUUCUAUUCACAGUGACUUACAACACGGGACUAUAUACUGUUUUUUGGAUAUUUCAGUAAGCUCUAUUAAGCAGCUCACAUGUUUAAAUACAAUUCAAACAAAUGGCGACACUAAAUGUUCAUAUUUAAAGGAGCAUUCCACUGAAAGUGUUUAAUUUUUCAGAGCACUCCCACAGAAUAAUCCACUCCUCUGCCAGUGAUCCAUUUAUUUUCUGUUUAUAAACUCACUGUUUCUCCUUGUUGCUCUGAAGGGUUCCUGCAUUUAGUUAUGUUCUUGCAAAGCACUGAUAGUUCAAAUCACACUGAAUAUUGGAUCUGCUGUAGUGAAGUGCAUUAUUCAGCAGGUUUGGAAAGUUACCCUAAAAAGUAUGUUCCUUGCUCCCUUGUUCAGGAGCUAUAAUCUAUUAAUUUAAACACGCAUAUAACCCUUAAACUCAAUAUGUGGUCAAAAAUGUUUAACAGUAAAUUGCUUAUAAUUACACUACAUGUUAAAGCGUUAGAGCUAUGCAGAGAGAGUAAUGUACCCUCCUUCACAAAGCAGCAUGCUACAAACUUUAUGGAGCCUUCUUUCAAACCUGCACAUGGUGAGCGUUACUGUAAUACUGUAGCCAUGCACAAUAAAAUGUUGCACAUUUUCAGUGGAGCAUGCCUUUAAUAUUCUGCUGUAGCGCUGCAGAAAUGCGGUGCCAUAAUGGUUGGCUCUUCGAUUUGUACAAGUCAACUGGAAACGUUUAUUUUUUUGUCAUUACACAAAUAAAGUAAUCAGAACUCA